GAAGUGGGGCGUUCCUUUCGGUAGGGAACAGAAAUUGAAGAGCGCGAGGCGAGUCAGAAGACUGGAAAGGCAGGCGAACGGACGGACGGAGGGAGGGCAGAGGCAGCGGCCCUCUUCUAGAGGGGGGGCUUAUUAUAACAAAUAUAUACGCACAUGUGUGACCUGCUUGGCCGAACUAUAUGUCACAUGUGGAAAACCGUUAAUUAAAAAAAAAAAAAAAAAAAAAAAAGGAACAAAAAAGACGCAUACAACAGCGGCUUUAAUUUAAAAUGCCUAUUUUAGUUUUCCUCUUAGACACGUCCGCCUCUAUGAAUCAGCGCACUUAUUUGGGUACGACGUAUCUGGACAUUGCUAAAGGCGCGGUUGAGGUCUUUAUGAAGCUGCGUGCCCGAGACCCGGCUAGUAGAGGCGACAGGUACAUGCUAGUUACAUUUGAUGAUCCGCCAUACGGAGUGAAGGCGGGCUGGAAGGAGAACCACGCCACCUUCAUGUGCGAGCUGAAAAAUCUUCAAGCGUCCGGGCUGACGACAUUAGGUCACGCUCUCCGCACGGCCUUUGACCUGCUUAACCUCAACCGCCUCGUCUCAGGCAUUGACAAUUAUGGGCAGGGCCGCAACCCUUUUUUCCUCGAACCAUCUGUAAUCAUCACUAUCACUGAUGGCAACAAACUCACGCAUAGCUCAGGCGUCCCAGAUGAGCUGCACUUGCCUCUAAACUCGCCUCUGGCUGGCAGCGAGCUGACCAAAGAACCCUUCCGUUGGGACCAAAGGUUGUUCGCGCUGGUGCUUCGGCUCCCCGGAGCUGCUACCGCAGAUAACGAGCAGCUCGGCAGCGUCCCCACAGAUGAGUCGGCUAUCACCCAAAUGUGUGAAGUCACAGGAGGGCGAUCCUACUGCGUACGAACACAACGAAUGCUAAACCAGUGUCUCGAGUCUCUUGUCCAAAAAGUUCAAAGUGGCGUCGUUCUAAAUUUUGAGAAAAGUGGGCCAGAUCCGCCUCUUAUAGGGGAAGACAACCAAGUGGAGUCAAACCGCUCCGUGUCAUCCUUUAGUCCACAGCUGUGGCACAGUUGCCAUAAACUCAUCUAUGUGCGCCCCAACCCAAAAACGGGGGUGCCAGUCGGGCAUUGGCCCAUCCCUGAAUCCUUCUGGCCGGACCAGAACUCUCCCACGCUGCCCCCUCGCACUGCCCAUCCUGUAGUGCGUUUUUCCUGUGUAGACUGUGAGCCCAUGGUGAUAGACAAGCUUCCAUUCGACAAAUAUGAACUGGAGCCCUCACCUCUCACCCAGUACAUUCUGGAAAGAAAGUCUCCACACAUGUGCUGGCAGGUGUUUGUGAGCAGCAGCGGGAAGCAAAGUGACCUGGGUCAGCCUUUUGGUUACCUUAAAGCCAGCACCACUCUUACUUGUGUCAACCUGUUUGUCAUGCCUUAUAAUUACCCGGUGCUCCUUCCACUCCUUGAUGAUUUGUUCAAAGUGCACAAAUUAAAACCGAACCUCAAGUGGCGACAAGCCUUGGAGAUGUACCUUAAAACGAUGCCUCCGUACUACCUCUUGCCUUUAAAGAAGGCCCUGAGGAUGAUGGGGGCACCAAAUUUAAUCGGAGACAGCAUGGACUGUGGUCUAAGUUACAGUGUCAUCUCCUAUCUGAAGAAGCUCAGCCAGCAGGCAAAAAUAGAGUCUGAACGCUUGAUCGUAUCUGUGGGGAAGAAGGCACCCCAAGAAACUGGCAUUAGGGUGAAGAACCACUCCAGCUCUUUGUCUCUGGCCCACCGGCGAGAUUUGAAGCAACUGCUACAUGGAAUCACUGGAGAGGCUCCACUUCGCAUGGUGGACAUCAAUUUCAAGGAGUUUUCCGGCUUCCAGAUCGCAUUGCUCAGCAAGGAUGUUAAGCCUCAAGCUUAUCGAAAUGCCUACGACAUCCCAAGACGGAAUCUUCUGGAUCAGCUUACUCGAAUGCGUUCUAAUUUACUGCGAACUUCACAAAAACUAAUCAGAGGGCAGGAUGAAGAUUACCUGCAUAGCAUUCCAGUGGCUCAGAUGGGAAACUAUCAGGAGUAUCUGAAAAUGAUGCCGUCUCCUCUAAGAGAAAUUGAUCCGGAUCAACCUAAACGACUGCACACUUUUGGGAACCCUUUCAAGCAGGAUAAGAAGGGAAUGAUGAUCGAUGAGGCCGAUGAGUUUGUCUUAGGUCCUCAAAACAAGAAAAGGGCGAAUUCCAGUGACUCAAAUGCAGGUGCUACUAUGAAGAGAAGGCGGAGCAUGUCACCGUUACUACGGCGACCUCAGACUCCACCGGUCAGCGCCAACCACAUUCUGGCUGGAAAGAGUCCGACAGGUGUUCAAGGACAAGUGAAUCUCCCAAAAGUCAUACCACAGCACAAAGGGCCGGAUGGUGCUGAGGUGGUCAGCGAGAGUAACGGCGAUGGUGUUCUUGUUCCUGACUCGGGUGAGAAUUGGCCCAGUGAAGUGGACUCCGUGGGAGGAAUUCAACAUUCGCUCAACUCGGUGGGAAAAGCAAGGGCAGAAGCAGUUGAUGGGGGCGAGGACAUCAACAUGACUGAAGAGAAAGCUGUCAUUCAAGACGGUCAAGAGGAGCAGUCACUAGAAGAGACAUUCAAUUGUGUGGACUUGAGUCCGCAGAGCAACUUGGACAGUGCAGAGACUGAACCGGCAGUGCUGGAGACCAUAUUCAUAGCACCACUAGACGGUAGCCAAGCAGAACUACGGACACGAGUCAUCAAGGAAGUCCGCAAACCUGGCCGAAACUUUGAGGCAAUACUAGAACUACUGCAGCAGGUUAAAGGACCAGUCAAUGUCCAGCGCUAUUUCAUUCAACACGCCAUCAAAGAGGCCUCCAGAUUCAAGAAACGGACCCUAAUCCAUCAGCUAGAGCUUACACUUGCCAAGAUUGAUGAGAAGCAUGGGACGCCGUCACAGCUUGCUAGUGAUCAUCAUCAAAACACAACAACAUAGGAAUGAGAGACCCAAAAAAAGACAAACGAAGGCUUUUCUAUAAGAAGGGUCCAAAUGCUGUCACGUCACAUCCUGUCAUAGGCCGAGGGCUGCUUAUCUGCAAGGCACAUUCAUGGAGGAUAAAUAGUGGGACUUUAGGAAUGUAAUCCUCUUCACACUGACGGAUGACAUCCACAAUCAUUCAGUAGACCGACACUCCACCGUACGAACAAUAAGCCAUAAAACAUCCUUAAAUGGCUGUAUGAUUUUCUUCAGCUGGUCUGAAACGUGUUUCUGAGCAUUCUUUUGAAAACAGUAAUGUGACCUCUCAUUUUUCCUGCCACGACUGCUCUCUUUUUAACUAUCCCUGUCAUUCUAUGUUGUGAAGCAAUAUAUAACAUUGCUCGCGUUGAGGUCAGGAUUAAUGCAUCUGAAUUUACAUUUCGGCACAAUGUCUCAACACACAGUGUAUCACAAAAGUGAGUACACCCCUCGCAUUUCUGCUGAUACAGUGGGGCAAAUAAGUAUUUAGUCAACCACCAAUCGUGCAAGUUCUCGUACUUGAAAAGAUUAGAGAGGCCUGUAUUUGCCGACAUGGGUAAACCUCAACCAUGAGAGACAGAAUGUGGAAUUUAUUUCCAAAUUAGAGUGGAAAAUAAGUAUUUGGUCACCUUCAAACAAGCAAGAUUUCUGGCUGUCAAAGAGGUCUAACUUCUUUGAACGAGGUCUAACGAGGCUCCACUCGUUACCUGUAUUAAUGGCACCUAUUUAACUAAUUAUCGAUAUAAAAGGCACCUGUCCACAAUCUCAGUCAGUCACACUCCAAACUCCACUAUGGCCAAGACCAAAGAGCUGUCGAAGGACACCAGAGACAAAAUUGUUGACCUGCACCAGGCUGGGAAGACUGAAUCUGCAAUAGGUAAAACGCUUGGUGUAAAGAAAUCAACUGUGGGAGCAAUUAUUAGAAAAUGCAAGACCACUGAUGAUCUCCCUCGAGCUGGGGCUCUAUGCAGGAUCUCACCCCGUGGCGUCAAAAUGAUAACAAGAACGGUGGGCAAAAAUCCCAGAACCACACAGGGGGACCUAGUGAAUGACCUACAGAGCUGCAACCACAGUAGCAAAGGCUACUAUCAGUAACACAAUGCGCCGCCAGGGACCCAUCCUGCACUGCCAGACGUGUCCCCCUGUUGAAGCCAGUACACGUCAAGGCCCGUCUGCGGUUGGCUAGAGAGCAUUUGCAUGAUCCAGAAGAGGACUGGGAGAAUGUGUUAUGGUCAGAUGAAACCAAAAUAGAACUUUUUGGUAGAAACACAGGUUCUCGUGUUUGGAGGAGAAAGAAUACUGAAUUGCAUCCGAAGAACACCAUACCCACUGUGAAGCAUGGGGGUGGAAACAUCAUGCUUUGGGGCUGUUUUUCUGCAAAGGGACAAGGACGACUGAUCUGUGUAAAGGAAAGAAUGAAUGGGGCCAUGUAUCGAGAGAUUUUGAGGGAAAAUCCCCUUCCAUCAGCAAGGGCAUUGAAGAUGGGACGUGGCUGGGUCUUGACAAUGAUCCCAACACACAGCCAGGGCAACAAAGGAGUGGCUUCGUAAGAAGCAUUUCAAGGUCCUGGAGUGGCCUAGCCAGUCUACAGAUCUCAACCCCAUAGAAAAUCUGUGGAGGGAGUUGAAAGUCCGUGUUGCCCAACGACAGCCCCAUAACAUCACUGCUCUAGAGGAGAUCUGCAUGGAGGAAUGGGCCAAAAUACCAGCAACAGUGUGUGAAAAGCUUGUGAAGAGUUACAGAAAAUGUUUGGCCUCCAUUAUUGCCAAUAAAGGGUACAUAACAAAGUAUUGAGAUGAACUUUUGGUAUGGACCAAAUACUUAUUUUCUACCAUGAUUUGCAAUUAAAUUCUUUAAAAAUCAAACAAUGUGAUUUUCUGUUUUUUUUCCCCACAUUCUGUCUCUCAUGGUUGAGUAAUAUUUUCAAGUGGAAGAACUUGCACAAUUAGUGGUUGACUAAACACUUAUCUGUAUUUAGUAUAUCUUUUCAUGGGACAACACUGAUAAAAUGACACUUUAACACAAUGAAAAGUA